GCAUGUUCAUCAUCAUAGAAGUGGAGUGGGGGGGUGCGUUGUUUUGCACGCAUGCGCAGACGGGCCACCAACUGUUCGCUGUCAAGUGGAGGCAGACGGAUGUGAUCGAGCCCCCCCAUAAAGAGGCACCUGCAUUGUGGCAUUCAUGGUGACACAUCCAUGGGCUCAGAGCGGCUGGAGAUGCGCAAGAGACAGAUGCAGGUCCACCAGGAAGCCGCCGCCAGUGUCCUCCAGGCCCGUCACAGGAUGGGGAACACCCCCAGCAACGCCUCCAACGCCUGCUGCUUCUGCUGGUGCUGCUGCUGUAGCUGCUCCUGUUUGACUGUUCGAGGCGAGGACGAAACAAUACAGAGGUCGGCCUGCGAUCGUAGAACCGAAGGAACGAACAACUGUGACGAAAGCCCCAAGCCCACCCUGGAGGACGCUCGCUCCUGGACCACGUCCUUCGAGAAGGUGAUGAAGAGUGCGGCGGGGCGGAGCUGCUUCCGUCAGUUCCUUCGCACAGAGUUCAGCGAGGAGAACAUGAUGUUCUGGCUGGCCUGCGAGGAGCUCAAGAAGGAGACCAACAAGACGGUGGUGGAGGAGAAAGUGCGGCAGAUAUACGAGGACUUCAUCUCCAUCCUCUCACCGAAAGAGGUCAGUCUGGACUCCCGGGUCCGCGACGUGAUCAACCGCAACAUGUUGGAGCCCACCUCUCACACCUUCGACGACGCCCAGCAGCAGAUCUACACGCUGAUGCAGAGAGACUCGUACCCGCGCUUCAUCAACUCCACCGCCUACACGGAUCUGCUCAAGACCCUGGAGGAGCCUUCGCCACCCAUUCCUCCUCCUCCUCAGAAGCCAUAGAAGCCUCACUUUGGCACACAAAUAGCUUUACAAAAAAAAAAUGGCGCAUGUUCCCCUCAGCUUGGGGAGUUCCUGUUUUAGACGCAGACGGGAUAAGCCAGUGCUUGUUUAUCCAUCCACAAUUCGCUAAACAGACUAGAACAAACAGUCCAGUAUCGGAACAUAUCUCUAUUUUUAUAUCCUCCCUAGCGCUUCUUGACAUUGCACUUUUCUACCUUGUUUCAAGAGGGCCAGCAUGUAUCCAUCCAUCCAUCCAUCCAUCCAUCCAUCCAUCCAUCCAUCCAUCUCGCCGCAGGCGCUGCACUUUGCUGUGUUUAGGUCUGUGCUGAGCCUUAACGCGUGUCCUGUUCUUGUAGAAACUUUUGAUGUGACGCCAACUUAAGAGGAAGGAAAGUGCCUUGGAAUAAGAUCUUCUACAUGUGCACCUUUGGAACUAUCAAGACAAGGUGCCACACAUCGACUUCACAACACGUUGGUGCUUUCUGCUCUUCUCCAGCUUCAUACCUGGAAAUAAUAAUAAUAAUAAUAAUAAUAAUAAUAAUAGGAAGAAAUAGAAUAAAUAGAUCUCGUGCGUGCGUUUCAAUACUGUGAUCAUUUUCAACGACAAAAAAAACAUGGCUGCCGCUAUAGUUGUGUAUUGGGGAGGUUUGUGUGAACCGUUCAAAUUGUCACCAAUCAAAUAAAAGCACAAUCAUGUUGGCGUGUUGUUGAGUGUUCACGCUGCCAUCUUUGCAAACAAGUGUACAAGCCAGGCGAUGUUCUCUUUGAAAAUAUGUAUUUUCAUGACAAUGAGGAGUCAACAAUGCUAUUAGUGCACUCACCUCAUCGAAUGACUCUUUGUCUUACAUGUUCACUGUCCUAAAAGGUUUGCUUUUGGCCCAAAAGGGAGAAUUCAUAACAGCAAGAAGUAAAUAAGACAGUCUUGAAAUGAUACCGAACGUGAGACAUCUUAGCAGGAAGCAACUUUUUGUGGUCUAAUUGGUGAAUAAGAAAUAAAGUUGUUUUCGCAAUACUACAAAAACAAUCAUUUAAAAAAAAACAAACAAACAAAUGUUGUAGCCCUAGUUACUCCAGUAAGCACGAGUGCUGCAGGAAAUGGCUUUUAGCAUCGACAAUCAAGCUACUAACGUCACUCUACCGUAACGCUGACGAUCGCAUGGCUCCAAGUUGGGAUGUGUCGCUCCGUGUCGGGAUGCGCUGCAUCAACUUCAAGCGCUCCCGUGUGCCUCUAAAGGGGCGGCGGCACUCGAAUGUGUGGGUUUUUUUCCUUCUUUUUUUUUUUCUUCUUUUUUUUUUUUUUUUUUUUUUUAACUGUCAAGCUCCUGGAGGUCUUGGUGAAAUUCAAGGAGACGGAGAGAUGACGGAGACGCUCAUUCAUCGCCGAUGGCGGGGAGCUGCUUCUCGAUGAAGCGUUUGACGUCCACCAUUUCCUGUACAGAAGCAUCGUAAUAAACUCUAUGG